AUGUUCGAAAGUACAGAUGAUAUAAGGUUAUCUGAUAUAUUGUUUGGGAGCGAUGUGGAUGCACACCACUGUAGCAAGACCUCUAAGAAGAAGGAGGAGGAGAAGAAUAUGUGGAAGAAAAAUGUCAAGCAUUACAAGAUCCUCUCUGUCGACCAAAUAUCUGCACUGGAGGACUUCUUCAUUAGUAAGCAGGUGCCGGUGACAAAAACAAAUAUAAAGCAUGCAUCAAAGGCACUUAAGAUUCCGUACCAGAGAUCUGUAAACUAUCUUUACAAUAAAUACAAGAAGGUUCAGGAUAAUGCCGAAGACUUCUACCACAGAUGCAUUCACGAGUUUAGCUUAAUAAUGCAAAAUGUGGAAAGGUGCUGGGAGCUGUACCUCAAAGGAUGCCAGGCAUACAAUACUUCUCGAGACAGCAAGAAUUAA